GAAGACAAAUCACUGUAGUAGAUCCAGACCAAUGAACCAAGCAGUCAGUGAUUUUUUUAAAAUCAGUCAGUGAUAAAUUCCUAAUUUCUCUCUUUACCUUUGUAUCUCUUGUUUUUUUCCUUUUUCUUUAGUGCUAAUGAUAUGCUACCCAACACUUUAUUGACAUAUCUCUCCCCCUUUCCUAUUCCACAUUCUUGCCACUAAAUUUUCCCAACUGGGGCUGUUCAAAAGCAAUAAUCUUUAGCCAUGUUUGAUCCUUACAGAUCUAAACCCAGUAGUAGAGGCCGCACUAAUUUGGCAUCAUGUUGUGUUGCCACUUUCUUCUUGAUCUUACUCAUUGUAGGCAUUAUUGUCGUCUACUUCUUCCUUUUCAAACCCAAAACUCCCAAAAUCGCCGUCGACGCCGUUCAAUUCCCCACCUUCUCCGUUACUAACGGCAGCGUUAACUUCACUUUCUUCCAGUACGUCUCCGUUACGAACCCAAAUCGCGAUGAGUUCACUCACUACGACAGCUCGCUUCAGCUCAGUUACUCAGGCGAGCCGGUGGGUGUUGUGUUUAUUCCAGCCGGUAAGAUCGACGGUGGUCGGACGCAGCAUAUGUCGGCGAAGUUUGAUGUUCAGUCUUACCCGCUUCCGGCAACUUUGAGAGCUGAUGUCUCAGGCGGCGGGGUGGUUUCUACGGCGGCGGCGAACGGCGGAGGUGGGGUUGGAAGGGGACCCACAAUGGAGGUGGAAACGAGGAUGAAGUUGGUGGGGAGGGUGAGGGUGUUGAAGGUGUUUACACAUAGGGUGGAUAGUGGAGUGAAGUGUAAAGUGGUGAUUCAAGUCAGCAG